CCGCUCUCGCUUUCCGUGCCCUCCAAAAAUAUAACAAAACCACGAGCAGCGCCCUCUUCGCACGCGUUCCGACCACGGCAGAUUCAAAUCCAUGGCUACUCAAAAUCUCCACCGCCAGAAACGGCCCUUCCAGCCUUCAAUCACUUCCUACUUCGACCGCGUGGAUCGUGACGAGUACGACCGUUCAAGGACACCUGCAGCUCGGCAACCUGUCCUCGAGCCCAGCGUGCAAUCCAACCUGCUCAGCGUCGGCAUGCGCAUUCGCAAAGCCGUGCCUGAAGGCUACAAGACGCACAAGACAUCCCUGUUUUUUGAUCCUACCCCCGCUCUCCCCAGCACGUCGACAUACUCUCCUGCGCAGCCACGACGACCUGCAGAACUCGUUCCAUUCUGCGGCCUGCACAAGGUGGGUGGCCACGGCAUCCAAGACAUGCCUCGACCCGUCGACGCGCACGAGCCGGUCGACAUCUUCGCCGACGAUCGCAUGCCAUUCGAUCUCUCCCAAGAGUCGACGUCGUCGACACUAUCUACAGACUCUAUGCCUGCAGCUCCGAUGCUCAAUCCAAUCACCACAAAUAAGAGACACCACUCCGAUGACGAGGAUGACGAUGGGGACAUUCCGCCUUUUGAGCUGCACUUCCCAGACCCGCUCAACCCGACGCUUGCUGACUUGAGUGUGUCGCCCACAACCACCGUUUCACCCAUCAGCCACACAACAUAUACGGGAUCGGGUGCCGUGUCGCGUAGAGCCAUAGCGAAGCCGAAGUCCAGGAGGAAGGCCAUGUCAGUUGCCGCCGCCACAGCCGACUGUGAUAUGGACUUCGAAGAUGCGGAUUUUUUAAGACCCUGGGAGGAGGACGAGCUAAUGAUGACUGGCUUGUGACCCAAUUGCGCUGCUUUUCCUCAAUUUUCUGUCGAGCAUGAUUCCCAAUGAUUAUUCGCUGUAUUACAUUGCUUCAAGUUUUGAUGUUUUUGUGUCACUUCUGUCAAAUUAUCGGAAGGAUCAGGCUCUUCCGUGCCGAAGACGGCUCUUGACGAAUCACUAGUCACCGUGUACACAGCCCAGCAAAAUAUCUGCUGAUCGAGAGAGAUAUCUAGUACGGAAAAAUUGAAACGACAUCUUCAUCACAACGCCGCAGACUGGAGAGUUUUGCCGCGUAGCCACAUCAGCCAAUGAGAAUCAUUUUGGUAGUCCAUGCCAUUUGUCUGCAAGGAGCCACCAUCUGAUCCAUGGUCACCCUUUUAUGAUCAUAAGAAUCUAGGGUGAACCAAAGUCCUAAAACAUGAGAGAUGAGGAAGUAGUUCUCUCCAUCCUGUCUCCACGGCUCAGGCGGCCGAGUAUAAAGUACGUUUUUGACCGACUUGUCCUCUUUGGAGUCUCACUUAAAGAAACUGGGUCGAGAGGAAGCUCAUGGCGUAAAAUGUACGUGAAACAGGUCCGUUUCAAGAGAAAUUCUCAGCUCUAGACCUCUCUUCAUCACAAUUAAGAAUUGCAGAUAUAUUCAGACGAUGUCAUGUCAUCAUAAGGGGCUUUGGCUAUGAAAUAGAUGACGAGGUUCUCCAAAAUGUGAGUCCAUAGCAAUGCGAUGAUCGAACCACAAUCCAUCGACCCCGUUCUUAUCCACCUCAGGCGGCAGAUAGUUUCCCGCUUUCAAUACUAAUGAGAUCCUUUGUUUUCGAAACACAUGUGCUCGGGCAUGAAUUAUAGGUCCCGUUUGGACUAGACUGCCUCUUGCAACGUCCGAGUCCGCAUCUACCACUUCGGCGUCGCAACAUUUCGUUCGCGGCGGACGCACUAUGGAUGUAAUUACAUCAUCUCCUAUCCUGACAACGUCCUACCGUUGCCCAGUGCCGAAUACAUCAGGUAAACCUUUGGAGGGACUAUCCGUCAUAAAUAUGAGGGUGAUAUUGGCGCCUCCAAAAAAUGAGGUCCGAUUUUGUUGGCUUGAUGGUGGCUUUCAGCCUUUUUUUUGUCUACGAAAGGCAAUAUCUGUCAACACAAAGAUCGCCAUGGUCAAGUAAUAGUUAAACGGUUUAUCCUAUAUUCAGCGCUGGCGGGUCACUAGCACAAAGGGCGAGUUGCCUUUACUGAGAAAU